CCCCGUGCAGCAGCCCCGAGCCCGCUCAGCCGCCCCGCAGGGUCGGGGCUGGUGGCUGCGAGCCAGGUUGGUAAUUUCAGUGCUGGGCAGGACCCUGUUUGAUCCUCAGGGAUGGCAGCCAUCAACCCAUGGCCCUCCUGGGGUACCCUCAUGGACCAGUCUUGGGGGAUGGGGGCUGCUGACUCUGCUAUUUCCUGGGCUCUGUGCCCUCAGGAUCCAGCAUGGUACAUAGAGGGAAGCCCUGAGGACGAGGGAAGAAGGGCGGCUGGGCUCCUAGCAGCCCAAGUCCAGGAACCAGUGACUUUCAAGGAUGUGGCUGUGGCCUUCACCCAAGAAGAAUGGGGGCAGCUAGACAUUGUUCAGAGGACUCUGUACCGUGACGUGAUGCUGGAGACCUAUGGACACCUACUCUCUGUGGGGAAUCAGAUUGCUAAGCCUGAAGUCAUCUCCCUUUUGGAACAAGGAGAAGAGCCAUGGUCAGUAGAGCAAGCAUAUCCUCAAAGCACUUGUCCAGAGUGGAUGAGAAAUGUUGAAAGCAAAGCAUUGGUUCCAGCACAGAGUGUUUUCGAGGAAGAACAAUCCAAUGGAAUGGCAUUACAAAGAUAUAUAUGGAAUGACCCUUGGCUCUCCAGGCUAGGAGUUUUGGGAUGUAAAGACCAAUUAGAAAUGUAUCAUAUGAAUCAGAGUACAGGUAUGAGGCAAAUGGUCUUCAUGCAAAAACAAGUACUUUCUCAAAGAGGUUCUGAAUUCUGUGAUCUUGGCACAGAGUACAGCCAAAGCUUAAACUUGGUUCCAUCUCAGAGAAUUCCUCAGUUAGAACAUUUCUAUAAACCUGAUGCACAUCUUGAAAGUUGGAGAUGUAAUUCAGCUAUAAUGUAUGCAGAUAAAGUUACCUGUGUAAAUAAUGAUUAUGACAAAGCCUUCUGCCAGUCUCUUCAGCCUGUUUACCCCGUCGGAAUGCAAACUGGAGAUCAUCUGUUCAAAUGUACUGAUGCUGUGAAGUCUUUCAAUCAUAUUAUACAUUUUGGCAAUCAUAAAGCAGUACAUACAGGAGAAAAACUCUAUGAAUAUAAGGAAUGCCAUCAAAUCUUUAACCAGAGCCCAUCAGUUACUGAACACCCAAGACUUCAAAUUGGAGGAAACCAGUAUGACUAUAAAGAGUAUGAGAAUAUCUUCUACUUCUCAUCUUUUAUGGAACAUCAAAAAAUUGGUAGUGUAGAGAAAGCAUAUAAAUACAAUGAAUGGGAGAAAGUCUUUGGGUAUGACUCAUUACUUGCUCAACAUACAAGCACUUAUACUGCAGAGAAGCCCUAUGAAUAUAACAAAUGUGGAACAUCUUUUAUUUGGAGCUCUUACCUUAUUCAGCAUAAGAAAACUCAUACUGGAGAGAAACCCUAUGAAUGUGAGAAAUGUGGAAAAGUUUUUAGGAAUCGCUCAGCCCUUACUAAACAUGAACGGACUCACACUGGAAUAAAACCCUAUGAAUGUAACAAAUGUGGGAAAGCCUUCAGUUGGAAUUCUCAUCUUAUUGUACACACAAGAAUCCAUACAGGAGAAAAACCUUACGUUUGUAAUGAAUGUGGGAAAUCUUUCAACUGGAACUCCCAUCUUAUUGGACAUCAGAGAACUCAUACUGGAGAGAAACCUUUUGAGUGUACUGAAUGUGGGAAGUCUUUUAGCUGGAGUUCCCAUCUUAUUGCCCAUAUGCGAAUGCAUACUGGAGAGAAACCCUUUAAAUGUGAUGAAUGUGAAAAAGCUUUUAGGGAUUAUUCAGCCCUUAGUAAACAUGAAAGAACUCACUCUGGAGCAAAACCAUAUAAAUGUACUGAGUGUGGAAAGUCCUUCAGUUGGAGUUCGCAUCUUAUUGCUCACCAGAGAACUCACACGGGAGAGAAACCUUAUAACUGUCAAGAAUGUGGCAAAGCUUUCAGAGAACGCUCAGCCCUUACUAAACAUGAAAUUAUUCAUUCUGGAAUUAAGCCCUAUGAAUGUAAUAAAUGUGGGAAAUCUUGUAGCCAGAUGGCUCAUCUUGUUAGGCAUCAAAGGACUCAUACUGGAGAAAAACCCUAUGAAUGCAAUAAAUGUGGAAAAUCCUUUAGUCAGAGCUGUCACCUUGUUGCCCACCGGAGAAUUCACACUGGUGAGAAACCCUAUAAAUGUAAUCAAUGUGAAAGGUCCUUUAAUUGUAGCUCUCACCUCAUUGCACACCGGAGAACUCAUACUGGAGAGAAACCAUACAGGUGUAAUGAAUGUGGGAAGGCAUUUAAUGAGAGUUCUUCCCUUAUUGUACACUUAAGAAACCAUACUGGAGAGAAACCCUACAAAUGUAAUCACUGUGAAAAAGCUUUCUGUAAGAAUUCUUCUCUGAUUAUCCAUCAGAGAAUGCAUAGUGGAGAGAAACGCUUUAUAUGCAAUCAGUGUGGAAGAGCCUUUAGUGGUCAUUCAGCCUUACUUCAGCAUCAGAGAAAUCAUAGUGAAGAGAAAUUGUAACUGAAUUGGUCAGAGACAUUUCUUUUACUGUGUUUGACAACAUACAAUAAAAACAUGCAACAUUGGGAGGAGAUAAAAAGCCUAUAAGUAUUACCAACAAGGAAAAUUUUCACUAAGAAUUCAGUAAGACUGUCUUUAUUGUUAUACGACAGGAAAUCUCUUCCUGGAAGAAACCUUAUGAGUGACAUGAGUGAAAAGACUAGGGAAAACCUUUCGGCAGUUAUGUAACCCCUAUGCAGUGUCAGAAAAUUAUAGAUAAAAGCUCUUAAGCUUCUUAUAUGGUCCACAAGGAAUCCAUAUUUGAGGAACAUGAUUGGGGGAAUGAGACAUUCUAACAAGAGUUCUUAUUUGUAGAUCAGUGUGCAUUAUUUAGGGCAAAGUCUUAUGCCAAGAAUAGUGUUUUGACUGGAAAGAUUCUGCCUAGAAUGUUAGAUGGAAAGCUUUACGUUAACAUUUUGUGCAUAAUUAUAGAAACAGAUUUUGCUAUUACAAAGGGAGGGUCUAGGUACUCUUUAAGGGAUAGAAUGUGGAAUAGUAAAUCUGAAUCUAAGAAAAAAACUAGUGCAGUAUUGAGUAGAAUAUUUACUGUUGAUCAAGGUUAACCUCUUUAGAAAAAAGGAGGUCACUAAUGAUAGAAGAUAGAAAGGCUGUUGCCUAGAAAGAUGAGACUGAGUUUUGAAAUAGAAAGUAUUUAGCUAAUAAUCUAAUGUGUCAGUGUCCAUUGGUACUUAUCAAUGAAUUGUUGGGCAGUUAGUUUAUAAUUCUUUUAGGCAAUCACUAUAAAUUGUGGACACUGGCAAUGUAUGUAACAGAGUGAACAACCAUAAGAAGGACCCAAUUGUAUAUAAAUAUCUAUUGUAACAUCAAAAAAAGUGUGUUUGGAGAAAGACCUCUUAGAUCUAUGGAGAAAUUAAUCCAGUUAAUUUGUUUUUUAUUUAUUUAUUUUUAGUUUAGUUUUUGUUUUUGUUUUACAAAUACAUAAGCACUUACAAUGUGCUAGGCUUCAUUUUAAAUGCUUUUAAAAAAUAUUAACUUGUUCAAUUCCCUUAAUUCUAUAAAGUAGGCAUUGUUGCUAUCCCAGUUUUACAAAUGGAUAAGUAGAAGCAGAGAUAUUGAGUAACUUACCCAAGGGACACAUCUAGUAAGGAGUACAGUUGAGAUUGUUUGACUCUAGAGUUUGUGUUUUUAACCACUGUGUUUUCUCACUCACUUUUGUUCAGUGUUUUUAUAAAGAUUUAAUAAUAAAAUUCAAGAAAAUUCUAAGUAAUGAAAAGUGAAGUUUCCUGGUUCCUGUGUCCUGAGGGAAUUUCGCUAACAUGUGAACCCAGAUUUCUUUGGAAUAUGAACAACUCUGAGAAGGAUAUAGGACACCACUGGAUCCUGGGUUCCAUAGAAUUCCAUGGCUCACAGCUUUGAGGGUUACAGACAGCAGGGCAUUGUGAACUUGAGUACUUGUAAGGACUGUCCCAUGUGGGUUCAGAAAUUCUCCUGAUAAAGCAGAAGCAAGGCUAUUUGUUCUUUGACAUGUUGGAAAUUAGCGCCCAUUAGGACACCAGUUUUCAAGGUUUCCUCUGAGUUCAUUGUUAGCCUUUUCCUUAUCUUCUCUGCAUGAAAAGAUUGCUUGAUAGGAGGGAGGAUUCGGGAAGAGAGUUCUGCCUGAGUCCAUCACCGGUGGUGAGGAAGUUCCUUUAAAGGAGAAAAGGAGCACAUGGAAUUCAAGGACUCAGGCAAGGAUCAUUUCUGGAUAUGCUUCAAAGGUAUUGGGUAGAAAUUUGCAGCACAUAAGAUUCAUCUAGCCCUCAAGGGUCCAGGACUUCCUAGUGGUGAGACGUAGUGUUAAAAUUCUGUGUUCACUUCUGACUCUUACAGCUUUAGGCAACUUGGGAUGUAACAUUUAGUGCUCUCCUUUGCAGGAUUUGAUAGUCUCUUAAUAAAUAUCAUAGGAAAAAGUAA